GCACGCGUCGUCCAUCUAGUAACUAGACUCUAGUUCACCGGCACUCGCUACAUGCGAUUGACGUGCCCGUUGUCAAACAGUAAAAGCAGCAGAACCUGUUGUGUUGUCGUCGUCGACCCGUGUCCGAGAACCUCUGUCAUGGACGCGUUAAAGAGUGGCUGGUUCAGCGAACUCACAGACCUGUUGCCAGGAAGGAGUUUUUCCAUGCAAGUUGAACAGGUUCUGCACAAGGAACAGUCAAAGUAUCAAGAGAUAUUGGUAUUGCAAACGAAAUCGCAUGGAGUCGUACUGGUACUUGACGGGAUGAUUCAAUGUACGGAGUUCGACGAAUAUUCCUAUCAGGAGAUGAUUUCGUUUCUGCCGCUGAACAGUCACCCUAAACCGCAAAGAGUGCUCAUCGUCGGCGGUGGUGAUGGCGGAGUUGCCAGAGAAGUAGCCAAACACCCUUUGGUUGAGACCAUUGACCAAGUAGAAAUCGACGACCGCGUCAUCGAACUGUCCAAAAAAUAUUUGCCGUUCAUGGCUGAAGGAUUUAACAGCCCUAAACUCAACUUACACGUAGCUGAUGGUUUUAAAUUCAUGGAAGAACAUGUUCAGUACUUCGACGUCAUCAUAACUGACUCUUCGGAUCCUAUCGGUCCAGCCGUAUCUUUGUUCCAAAAAUCAUAUUUUCAACUUAUGAAACGUGCUCUAAGGCCCGGCGGUAUUGUAUGUUCGCAAGCUGAUACUUUCUGGGGACAUUUGAAAAACGCAACAUCCAUGCGCAACCAUUGCAAGGAAGUAUUCGCUAAGGCAGCGUACGCGACGUCUUACGUGUCCACUUACCCAGCGGGUCAGAUCGGAUUCGCACUCGGCAGUCUCGACAAGAACACGGACUUUGCGAAUCCCAUACACACGUUAACUAACCAACAACGAAAGAACAUGAAGCUACGUUAUUACACUACCGACAUGCACAAAGCGGCUUUCGCACUUCCCGCUUUCGUCAUCGAUGCUCUAGAUGCCGAAAAUGACUCAUAAAGUGCGCUAUUCAAUCACGAGGACAAGACAUGUACCUGCAAAAUAUACUCUAAAUAAAACAUGUAUUUUCAUCUGCAUAAAGUU